CAUGUAGUCAAAGCCCUAGUAUAAGUGAGACAGUUAAACUUAAUAGAGGAUAGCACUGACAGGUGCACAGAGACACAAACGGUCAGAUCUUUACAGAAGAUCCCAAAGAAAUCAUGUCAGCUGGGAAUGAAGAACUACCAGCAACACAAACAGGGCCCAAAGGGGUAAUUCACGACUGGAGAAAGUUUAAACUAGAGAGUGAGGAUCAUGACAGCAUCCCACCUAACAAGAGAGAGCUGCUUAGACAGAUGUCCAACCCAAAAUCCAGUUAUGUUGAUGACACACAAGAAAUGAUCAACCGCAAGAUGAGCGUGCAGGAAUACGAGUUGAUCCAAGAGGAGGAUGAAAGUUGUCUGCGUAAGUAUCGCAAGCAGUGUAUGCAGGAGAUGCAUGAGCGCUUGAGCUUUGCCCCCAAGUUUGAUGGCGUUUUUGAGUUGGAAAACGGGGAGGCUUUUCUGGAGGCCAUUGAGAAGGAGCAUCGCCUGACCCUGGUAGUGGUGCACAUCUACGAUGACGGGAUUAAAGGUUGCGACGCGCUCAACAAUUGCCUGACUUGCCUCGCAGCGGAAUAUUCUAGCGUGAAAUUCUGCCGUAUACGGGCUUUUGCUACAGGGGCAGGUGAGCGUUUUUCAGAUGACGUUCUGCCUGCUCUGCUGGUGUACAAGGCUGGAGAGCUGCUGGGUAACUUCCUGUCUAUUACGAAGCACAUGAACGAGGAGUUCUUCGCCACCGAUGUGGAGAACUUCUUAAAUGCGUAUGGUCUGCUACCAGAAAGAGAGUUUGCAGCCUGUCCCGAUGAAGAUGAGAACGCCGACGUGGAAUGAAGCUUUAAACUUUAAAAGGUUAAACCAGUCAUCUAGGGAGGGCUGCCUGACUGAUAUAGAUCUUGUAUUGACGCUAUGACACUAAUAUAUAUAUGUGUACUUACAGUAUUAUUGUAUAUCAAGCUAGUAGUUGCUUACCGAAUAAAAUGAAUACGCAAAGAAGAAUGUUAGACUUUAUGUUGCGUUGCUCCACUACAUCCGAGUGACAUUCUUUCAUAUAGACUGACUUACCCCAAAGAGACCCUAUUCACUCUUUUAUGUCAUGAAUAUCUGGCAAUUUUGUGCAACAAAGGCCCUUCCGAGUAAAACAAGUCCUGACAAGCAACCAUCACCACAGGAUUACAGGUUUAUCCACAUGUGAAUGUGCUUAUUUGGUGGUUCAGGGGAAUGUGGUUUAAAUGUAUUGAAUUGACAGUUAAGGAUAAUGAAUGAAGUAAUAUAUACAUCAAUUAUUUGUCUUG